CUGUGAUACAUUAAUAUAUAUUGUUUGACUUCAGGUAGUAAUACGCUUUAUUUCACUGGCUGAUUAACUGAACAAAAGGUUAAAAUGGAAGAGAACAUGACGGUGGACAUGUGGGCGAAGGCUUGGGAAGAGGGCAAAACAAGCCAUCUUCCAGAACUUUGCAAUGUAUUUACUAAACACUUUGACAAAAUGUUAAACAGUCGUAAAAAAGUUAAAUGUUUUGUCCCCCUCUGUGGAAAAGCUGUAGAAAUGAAAUGGCUUUGGGAUAAAGGUCAUGAAGUUGUCGGCGUCGAAUGUGGUGAGGUAGCACUUAAAGAAUUUUUUGAAGAAAACAAAAUCGGUUGUAGUCUAGUACAAAUUCCUGAGCUUAAAGGCAAGUUAUAUAAAAGUGAUGACGGAAGAAUACGGCUAUAUUGCUGCGAUUUUUAUCUGUUUAACUCAACUAUUGAAGGUGAAUUCGGGGCAGUUUGGGAUAGCGGUGCUCUAAAUGCCAUCAACGCCACUGACCAAGAGAAGUAUGUUGCUAUAAUCAAAUCUCUCAUGGGAAAUAAAUGCGUGAAUCUCACUGUUAUAGACGACGUUACAGAUUGGGAAAUCUCUGUUAAUUAUGACAAAAUGAAGACUUGGUUCAAUGAUGGAUUCAGUGUAGAAGCAAAUGAUUAUGUAAAAGCCAACAAAUCACUAGAAUCGUUUGGCAUCAAAGGACAACAACUGUACAUUAUAUCUAAAAAAUAAAAAUGUAAUUAUAACAUA